AUGUGCUUUGAAAUCUGGAGUUCGGCCGGUGCUCGGACGCUGGCAGCUCAUCCGAUAACCUCGACCUUUGUAUCGACCAAGAGCAUGUCUCAUAUUCUGCUCGUGUCUCAAUCCAAAGCCCACCAACCUCAUCGAGACGUGCAGCCCGUUGAAAAGAGGUGUUCGGCGCCAGCAAUCAGACGCGCAAAUAGGGCUGAACCUCAUUGGGCGGGCGUUGCAAGCUGCAUGAUGAGGCCAGAUCGUGCAAGUACACGGCAACCAGAACCGCCCACCUCGAAAUGCAAAUACAGUAGAGCCGACAUAAAGGGCCCUGCAAGACGGAACAAGCUCAACAUCAAGGAUGUCCCGAGUCGGCGGGGGAUCAACGGCAAGAGCCACUGGUUGACAUGGAUCCCUUGCAACACCCCGUGGCAUUUGACUGUCAACGAGGUCUCCUUUGCCCAGGGGGUGAAGCUUGACUUUUGGGUUGUGUCUCGCAGUGAAGUGGUCAAAAGCAAGGAGGUGCGUCUCAAAAGCUCCGGCCUGUCUGAACCCGUGCUGCUCCGCCACAUCGAUGGAGCACCCGUCGUCUACCUAGAACCUUGA